AUGUCUUCCCCAACCAAGACCACGCCGGCUCCUCCCACAGCUCCCUCGUCGACCUCCUCCUCAGGCGCCCUCAACAACGUCCCGCGCUUUGCUGGACAAAACGAUGACAGGGACCGGGACAACAAGCUCACUAGCCACCAUCAUCUUCCCAUGCCGGGCCUCAGCGGUAACCCGAACGGGGCAGUGGGCAACUUACUUCGUGGGGCUGUGGAUUCCAAGGGUGAUUUGAAAGAUGCCGCCCUCCAGGUUGGGAUCAAACUGGACUUGGAAGCAGAGGUCCACCUUACUGCCCGCGUCCGCGGUGAUAUCAUUGUUGGGCUUUAUUAA